AUGCUUAAACUUUUCAUCUUCGCCUGCUUCCUGGCCGUCGCCGCUGCCAAACCUAGUCUUCUACCUGUCGCUUACACCGCCCCUGUGGCCGCAGCGUACACUGCACCAGUUGCAGCCGCGUACACUGCCCCCGUCGCCUACUCUGCAUACACUGCGCCAUUUGCAGCUUACUCUGCGUACACUUAUGCCUCUCCCUAUGCUUACUACCUACGAUGA